GAAAAUAUAUUCGCCAUGAAUAAACAGAUAGUGCUGCUCGUGUGUUAUUGUUUUCUCUCAGUAUAUUGUUGCAGAUGGUUCAAGGACAUCACAAUAUCAGCCAAAGAUAAGGAAAACCGAUCGUUUAACCAAACAAUAAACAGCUGCAUAGAGCGAGUUGCUUUUGGCGGCCAGACAGCUAAAGAAAUUUACGUCAGACACCAAGCAAUUACAUCUUUAGGUAAAGAUUCAGUUAGAAACCUAAUUUGGUUGCAAACGAUAUCAUUUUGGGGCUGUCCCAUUGUGCAUAUUACAUCAAAGUUAUUCAGGAAUGUCCCACGACUGAAAAAUGUCCAAAUAUCUUAUGGAAACGUCAAAGAAAUACCUCGAGGUGCCUUCGAAGAACUUCCCGCAAUGGAACUUCUCAGGAUCCACAACAACCAAAUUGAUGUCAUCGAGGAUUUGGCUUUUGCUAAUCUCGUUUCUCUUAAAAGCAUCCAGGCUGACAGCAACAAACUGGAACACUGGAACAGAGAAUGGUUUACCAAUACUACCAAGCUGGAGAUCAUGAACUUUCAGAACAACAAGAUUAGAACUAUUCCUCGAAGAGCGUUUGCCAGUUUGACAAACUUAAGGCAAAUUCAUUUUGAUCACAACGAAAUUUCUAUUAUUCACGAAAAUGCAUUUGAGGGUAUCGAGUAUUUAGUCUAUUUGGGUCUUCGCAGCAAUAGAUUGAAGGAAAUAAAACUGGAUAUGUUUCCGAAUCAAAUAAGAAUAAAAUCGCUUUUGUUGGACAGUAAUUACUUAAAUUUUUUGGCGAAUGAAGUGUUAAAUAAAAUUUCGGCUAAAGAUGUAACGUUAGACAAUAAUCCUUGGAAGUGUCCAUGUUUGGAUAGAAUUGCUUAUUGGGUGUAUAAGAACAACGGUACUAUUAGAGCUUCUAGUGAGUGUGCUGGAGGCAGAAUACCAGUAUGUGCUUAUCCUUCGACGUUUUCGCAGACGUGUUUGGAACAUGUCGAUGAGGACGUGACCAAGAAAUAUUUGAAGAAUUUGAAAUCUCUCGAUCCACCGCUUCCUGAAUAUUGUGUUUUGCCGGAUUGAUUUGAAGUUCUACUAAUAGCCAGGGAAUUAUUAUUAUUGUGGACUCGUUGGUAACAUUUGGGAUUUGAUAUUUAAUGCUAAUUUUUAAAAGAAAUUAUUAUGUUAAGUCUGUUUGUGUUGAGUUUUAAAGAAUUCUUAUUAUUUACGGGAAUUGUUCCACGGUAAGUGUUCUAUAACGUUUUGUUUAAAUUAAAUUAUUGUGUUUUUUUAAAUAAAAUUUAUCCACAUAUUUUUUAUCUUCCUUUCUAAAAUUAACCUUAAUAAACAAAAGAUACCUUACAGACUGCUAUUUAAAAUAUAAU